ACAUAUGUUCCAUACACAUCUGAUAAGUUGAAUUAAACCGGAAACCGGAAACAUCUGAACACCUUACAUAAUUUUCAGAUUUUUGUAUAACAAACGAAGGAGUGACAGAAACUGUCAUACAUAUUCCAAUAAUUUACAUUUUUGUAAUGGGUAUCAUUCGGUCAGUACGUGCAUUAAAAUCUAAGGACUCAGUAUUGUUACGGUUUGCUGUAAAAACCAGUAUUGUGGGAAGUAUCGUAUAUAUCACAUACGAAGAGGGUUUAUGGUCAAAACCAGAAGAAACUGCUAAAUUAUAUGAAAAAUUAUAUGUUAAUGUCGCUCCUUACGUUAACCAAAAUGUACCUAAAGAGGUAACAGAAAAGUAUGCUAAAUUGCCCAGUGUUACAACUCUUACAAGUUGUGCAAAAAAAUCUUGGAACAAAGGAGUUAUGACUACUAUGGAAUUCAUAGCUAAUUUACCUACUCAUACUGUGAAUGGUACUAUGGGUUUAUAUAAACAUGCAGAACAGUAUAUCAAAGAACUAAAUUAGUCUGAUGAAAAAUUAUACAUAAUAUUGUUAGAAUUGUUUUAUAUAUACAUUUUGAGUCAAAAUCAUGUAAUCAUGUAAAUUAUUAUAGUAUUUAUAAAUAA